GAUGCUGGAUAAGUGAUGGGUGAUGGGGAGCGAGGGCAUAUAAGGUGGGAUGCUGUGGUCUCUACUCGAUCAGUACCAAACGCACUCGACCCAAUCGAGUUAACAGUUAAUCGUGACACUCGACACUUUUUAUCGUUUUUUUUCUCUAUCGAGAUGCGACUCUCUUGGAUCUACAUAUUUAUUUUGGUGACGCUGGCAAGCUGCGAGCCCGAGCCUGAAGCGGAUCCACCAGAACAGCUCAGUGACGAUCCAGCUAAUUCAACAGACACUGAAGAGCCAGAGUUGAAGCUUGACAAUCUAUCAGGGCCGCUGUUUCUCGUUGAAUUUGUAAACGAAAACUCAACAGACGAAAAGUCGAAGCGGACGAUAGACAACAAUCUCGGAUAUGGCUAUCUGAAAAACAACCUGUUCAGCGGGAAGUACAAUUACUACUUUCCAAAUGGAAAGACAGGAACCACAGUGACCAUCGAGGAGUCGUUAACUCCCUUCGAGCCGAAGACAAUUAUCGAGACGGAGAAACCCCCCACGAAGCUAGAAGGCGACUGGACCGCCAGAUUUCCGCCUAAUCAGCAGGUCUUUGGCCAAAGAACCAAGCUCAGAAAGUACAACCCCUCAGACUACACUCACCAGAAUCAAUAUUCGACCACCGCAAAGCCCAGCGUUGCUUACACGACAAUUCGUCCGGAAUACAACCAAAAUGCGUACACCACAGCCAAAACAAUCUAUCAAAACUCGUUCUCGGCUUACUCGAGCACCCCCAGCCCGAAUUACAAUUCAGAGUAUGUUGCUGGACUCCACCCUCCGGGAGCUCUCGAGUCGACCACUCUGAUGCCUCCGUUGUCUGAUGACCCCGCGCAAUUCAAUAUUCCAAGGUUCACUGUCGAGAACGGGAUCAGGUACGAGAACAAAAUAGUCUGGAAGUAUCCCGACGGAAGGAUCGCCGAGCCGCCUUCGUCCUUUAUAAAUCACUACUCAGAGUACUCCGAGCCUCAGAGGGCCAAAGUCAAUCACCAAAACGCAUUCCGUGAGACUACAGGAUUUAGAAACCCGAAUGGGCAUCAACCGAGCCACGUUUACAAGAAUAAUAACCUCAAUAAUAAUAACAACAACAACAACAACAAUAACAAUAUUUACUCACAACGUCCGGCGACGUUUCCAACUGACCAAGAGUCGUUUUCGCAACGUCCAGGUGGCACUUCUCAAUCACAAGCUUUCAACCUUUCUUAUCAGAAUAAUUAUGGCUACAGACGUGGUAAUAAUAACAAUAAUAAUAAUAAUAAUAAUAAAGACAGGUUUGAACAGAGACCGUACUCAAAGUACGCAAUAGACAGCUCUAAUCCAGAAUACACACCAGCACCAAACACUUUGCCCCGAACCACCGAGUCUCCGCAAAUACUCACCCAAGGAGGACAACUCUCACCGCAAGUCCUCAAUAAAUACAAGCCCCAGGUCCAGCAGUACUUGUCUAAAUUGUUCACAAGCUCCAAGGAGUCCAACAAGCCCUACGACUCCAACAGCUUCAUUGAAAACAACUACGAGCAGCUGCUAAAUUACAAUCCUUCAAUUUCUCAAUACGUUAAAGAUCCCUCGUCAAUUUUACAAGCCUACCCGACCUUUAUUCAAUCAGGAAAGUCUCUUGUGCCGGUGAUUAUCCUCAGAGUUGAUGGAGUUCGUCCAGUGGAGCAGCAAACGCCAAACAUUAACCUAAAGUCACUGCUUCAGCAGUAUUUGUCUCAGUACGCCAGCGAAGGAAGAAAUCCAGGAAACCACAAGUCCAAUCAGGAGUUCCGGCCCAGUCCUGUUGAUGAUCUGACAUACUUGACGGAAGCGCUCAAGCGGUUUUCACCCAACUCUCAAGAGCCCACUCGGCUCGCCAAUCAUCCGCUCGAGUAUGAAUCCACCCGAUACACUCACGAGUCCAGUUAUGACACUAUUAAUUCUGAAGUAAAGCCAGCUGAUUCCCAGAGGUAUAAUAAAUUCACUAAAAAAAAUGGACAAAAAGUUAAAAGCGUUCAGAUAAUUGAUGGUCCUCAUUAUACUAAUUAAAAUUAUUAAUUGAGUUCCAAUCACUUAGCAUUUUAUUUACGAGUAUCUGUUUACGAAAUUUUAUUAAGAUCUAGGGUUCUCAGGUCAUCUGUUUUUUUUUUUUUUUUUUUUUUUUUGGUUGUUUGAUUGGUCACUAAGUAGAUAAAUGUGCCAUUAAGUGACGUUUAGCUGGCUAUCUAUAAUUAUAAUCAAUAAUAAUUAUGCUCAUUACUUUAAAUAUAUUAUAGAUUUUAUAAUUAGUAUUAAGACGGGUAUGUGCAAUAAAUGAAUAUUAAUAAAAGAUGGAUUUGCUUGACCAAAUCUUGACACUUCAUAAAGGUACCUUUCAUUGUAAAAAAUAGAUUUUAUGUAUGUUUUUUUCUUUAUUUCAAAUAAAUACUGUUGUUUUCUAUGUAAA